AUGGUCUUGGUGGCUGCCGGUCAACUCUCAUCUACUUCGUCUUUAUCUACCAACUUGAAACAGGUGCUCAAACUCAUCACCAAAGCGGUGAACCUCAACGCCAAAGUGCUCUUCCUUCCAGAAGCCAGUGACUAUAUUGCAAAAAAUGCUGCCCAUUCACUCAAGAUUGCCCGUCCAAUGGAAACUUCAGUGUUCGUUACCGGGAUCCAGAGCAGAUUAAAAGAACUUCAUUCCCAAGGGAAAGCGUUGGACGUGGUGGUGGGGAUUCACGAACCAGCGUGGAAAUCUCCUGAUGACCCCCACAAACGGGUGAAAAACUUGUUAAUUUAUAUCAAUAGCACCGGAAACAUCACCCGUGAGUACCAAAAGAUCCAUCUUUUCGAUAUCAAUAUUCCUCAAGGCCCAAUUCUUCAAGAAUCCAACUCGGUCGAGCCAGGGAAUCAAGUGGUGGCGCCGUUCGAUACUCCAAUUGGCAAAUUGGGGCUCGGGAUCUGUUACGAUAUUCGGUUCCCGGAAUUGGCGGUGAAACUACGUGAUAUGGGGGCAGAAAUCUUGACUUAUCCUAGUGCUUUUACCGUGAAGACCGGGGCAGCCCAUUGGCAUUUAUUGGGGAGGGCCAGGGCCAUCGAUUCCCAAAGUUAUGUGAUCAUGCCUGGUCAAAAGGGAGUUCACGAUGUUUCUAUUGAAGAUGAUGAUGCUAGUGAUCCUACAAAAGUGGUCAAGUGUCAAGCGGUUAAUGCCAAUGAACAAAAAAGAAUAAGUUAUGGUCAUUCUAUCAUUAUCGAUCCAUGGGGGACCGUGGUUGCCGAAGCUAGUGAUAUCAACUUGAAUAAUGAUGAACCGGAAAUAAUCGUUGCGGAUAUCGAUUUGGAUAAUGUCAAAAAAAUCAGAAGAGACAUGCCAUUGAAGGAUCAUCGUAGAAGAGAAAUCUUCAAUAAUUAG